ACGGUCGAGUCUCGUAUCUCGGAGUAUCAGUAUGCUCCGUACUCUCGGAGUUGUCGCAAAUACGGGUGGCGCGUCUUAACCGUCGUGCGUCGUGUUACUGUCGCCCAACUUUCUUUGGGACUUGUCGGUUUCGCGCGAGCCAAAUUCGGCAAUCGGCGCCGACAAAUGUUACGUCAAGCCUGUAUCGCAUCACGAUCGACUGAUCGGGAUACUUGUCAUUGAACGUAUUCUUUUAUCGGAUAUUCAGUGAGAAAUCACUGAAAGAUCGUUGUCACGAUUUCUUGCAAGAGAAGUUAACGUCGCGCUCACGCUCGAACAUCAAUUCGAGACACCGCGUUUCAUUUGCCACGGCCUGGCUCGCCGACAUGAGUUGGAACCGAUCAGACUAAAUCAGAUCCGAUCUCCGUUGCCACAUUCGCCUAGAAUACAUCAUCGAUGAACAUCGACGAGAUGCAGGAUCAAUCUCCCAGAAGAUUUGGCCAAGGAUCGAUCGAGGUCGAGGCAUCGCCGAUGUCCAACAUCGUCAAUGAUUUGGGCAGAUCGUCAUUGAGUCCUAGCGGUGCGAAGAAACGUCAUCCUCAGGCUUUUCGAGAUGUCUUUGGCACCUCUCAUCGCACGAACAACCAGAGAAACGAGGGAUUCUUUCAGAGUGUCAGAGUGAAAAACAGAUGUCCAUCCACGAGGACGAACGCUGAUCUAAUACUCGGUCUUGAUCUCGAACAAAACCCGGAUGGAUUAUCAAAGCGCGACGAGAAAUGCGACAAAGAGAACGACAACACCGCCAACCUCUCGUACAAUUCCAGUUCACAGAAGGUACGUUGUAAAAAAGCACGCUGUCCCCUGCAAGAGUGCGAACUCAACAAACAGAUGAGCGACUAUGAAAUCGAGCUCGUCGACGACAAGGAGGAAACGCGACGCGGUGCCGCGGUAUCGCGGUGCAUGUCCAUGGACUCGCGAUACAUCGACAGUCCGGUGGAAUCUCCACAAUCGAUGGUCUCGAACUCGCGGGAUUCCCUGUUGCAUCUGGAAGCUACGAGAUCGGCCAUCCUACGCAGACUGUCGUCGGGAUACGAGAGCAUGGACGACGGCCUGAUGAACGAGCUCAUCGAUAUGGAGACGAUGGACGAUGAGACGCAGCUACCGAGCGACAUCUCAAAGUUGUUAUCCGGCGAUAUCGUCGCACCCGAAGCAUCGGUGGAAUGCGACGUCUCGACCACUCCCGAGUUCUCCCGUUCGAAGGUUUCGGCCAAGGUCAGCUGGUUAUCAAAUAGGUGUCUGCAGAACCAGCUACACAAACGGGAAGCGACCAUCGUCUCGCCACCGUUGUCCAAGAUCCGCACCUGUCUGUUUCGUUCGCCCACGACGACCUGUUCGUCGAAACUCGGCUACGAUGAGAGAGCUCAGGGAAGAACGUACUGCAUCGAGGGAGAUUCACCGUUGUCCACCAGAUCCUGCAAACGGCCAUCGGAGGAACUGUCGACGGACGAGAUCGCGAUACUGAAGAAGUCGCGCAAGUCAAACAGCUUCUGCAUUAACGCGAUACCCGAGUUGGUCAGCAGCCCGCGUCCACUGGCGCACCCGAAAUUUCAGAGAAGCCUGUCCGAGAACGAGGCGCACAUCAAAUGGGCGGUUCACCGCAGCAUCACCGAUUCCGAUCUGAUUGGUGAUUUUAGUAAACCGUGCGUGCUGCCACUCACGGAUAGCAAUCACGCGGACCUGAAAUGCAUAACGACCGACACGCUCGCUGCGCUGUUGCGCGGCGAGUUUGCCGACCGCGUCGGUUCCUACAAAAUCGUCGACUGUCGCUAUCCGUACGAGUACGACGCGGGACACAUCGAGGCAGCACUGAAUCUCUACAACAAAGAUCUCGUCGAGCGGAUCCUACUCGAGCCCCUGGACGCGACGGUUCCCGAGAUCCAGUCCGACAUCAACAAGCGUCACGUACUCGUGUUCCACUGCGAGUUCUCCUGGGAACGCGGGCCGAAUCUCUCGCGAUUCUUGCGCAGCUUGGAUCGCCAACGUAACAAGGAGCAAUAUCCGGCACUCUAUUAUCCCGAAAUUUAUUUGUUGCACGGCGGCUACGAGAAAUUCUACAGGGAACAGAGGGAAUUCUGCUCGCCACAGGAAUAUAAACCGAUGAGACAUCCCGACCAUACGGAGGAGUGCAAACACUUUCGCAGCAAGAGCAAGAGUUGGCAAGGAGACAAAUCCAAAGGGAAUUCCACUCAGACGGGACGACAAAAUCUCAAGCGUUUAGGUUUUUAGACGCACCUCUCUUAGUCGGUACGAACCUGUGCCUGUGCGCGCAUCUCUGUGUCUUCACAUCAUAUCGUGUACAAUUCGUCGCUCCCACUGUUCGCUAAUCGUUUAAACGUUGAACGUUCACAAACGGUCGGGAUGCGUAACACGCCUAGCGCGUGACUCAAAGUGCAAACGGCGCGCAGAGAGUUUAGCUUUCUUCAUUAUUAUACUUCAUUCGUACACUCUCGAUUGAUUUUUCGCUCUUUACGCGCUACUCGCUAUGACUGACUCGAACGCUUCUCCCGCGAGUAUUUUGUACAUGGUGUAAAUUUUAUUUUAAUGCGCCGAUCGAUGCGGAUUAUAUGAAGAAGAAAUUAAUUCCAAACAACUUGAUGUCGAUAUUGAAGUCAAUCGGAAUCGAUAUAUUUUUCAUAGUCAACACGGGCGCUACGAUGACGUCUCACCGCACCGUGGCCUCUCCGCUACGCGUGUCUCGUAUCGAAAUUAAAUUUUGUACAUAAAAAAUUAUAUAUCAGAUACACGCAUCGUAUAAUUUCUAUAAUUAAGUUGGUCAAUCAAACAUUGCAAUAUCACACACGCGUGUCCUGUCCCGAGCUGUCUCAGCUGAGCAGACGGGCUAAUUAAUCGGGGUACAAUGUACUACUGCGUAAAUAUACUGCGGAUUUUUUCUUUCUUCAGAUGUUUAUGCGAUACCUCGGGCGGCCAUUCCGUUAUGUACAUACGAUACAUGCCGAGACAUUUGUCUCGGCUACGUCGAUUUCAAUCGUGCGGUAUUGCUUUGUCAACUCCUUUAAAGCAAAUGCUUAAGAUCGACGCUGUGAAUAGCAUAGAAUGUAUUCGUCGUUGCAAUUCGAUUCAAAUGUAUUAUUAUUAAUAUACACGCGAAAAAUAUUGAAUCCCUAAGUACUCGCAUACUCGGAUCGACCUUAAAUCAUUUUUCAUUCAUUUGUUUUAUAAAGAGUUAUAAAAGAAGCCAAUUUCACGCAGUUCAGCGCAGUAAAACAACAUCUGUGUGUUUUCGAGACUUGAAAGAAAAGAAAUUGUUAUCGCACGAGUACUUAUGGAUUAAUCGAUAAUUAUUAUUUCUAUUAGCCAGAUUUAUCGAGUAGGAGUGACGCAAAUAUUAUUAAAUAUGUGCAAAUUUUUUGUUGUUACAUUGUAAAAAUUAUUUCCACGUUACAUAGAUAAAUAUAUACGCCACGCAAUACGCAAUAUAAAUACGAUGUAUUUUCC